AAAACACAAUCUUCUUGUCUACCAUCUCACCAAAGAUGGCUCGCUCGGAUGACGAGCCGCGGCGCCGUCGUCACGACGGCAAAAGGAAGCACAAAAAGCGCCAUCGCCACUACUCGGACUCUGACAGUGAUGCGGAGACGCGUGCUGAGCGCAAGGCGCACAAAAAAUCUGCUAAGAUGCUGGCUAGCUUGGGCUAUUCGGACGAGACGAACCCGUUUGGGGACUCAAGUCUGAGCCAGCCCUUCGUGUGGGGCAAAAAAUAUGAGGACAAGGGCAAGGAGAAACCCACGGCGAGGGAACUUAAAAAGCAGCAGCUACGACGUGUAGAUGAGAUCCGUAAAGCUCGAAAACGUCGCGAGGAGCGCGAGGCCGAGCGAGAAGAGAUGGAGCGGCUCAAGAGUGAGGAGAUGCGCCUGAAAGACGCCGAACAGUACGAGGAUUGGCAACAGAAAGAGGAGCAAUUUCACCUCAAGCAGGCUAAAGUGCGCAGCCAGUUGCGGAUCCGCGCCAACCGUGAGAAACCAGUAGACUUACUGGCCAAGAACUUACUGUUAGUAUCGGCUAAGCACGGCGCGGACGAUGAAGAUGAGUUCUUCAAGAAGGAGAUCGGACGCAUUAGGGUGGAGCAUAGACGACCGCACGCCGUUGUAGAGGUGCUGUCUAUGGAUGAACUCAAAGAGCUACAGGAAGAUGUUCGUACCUAUGAAGAGCUCGAGGAAAGCGGGAAUGGAGGACACAACGCUGAAUUCUGGAAGUUAAUGAGACUCGUGUGUGACGAUCGUAUUCGACGCUUAAAGAAGUCCCAGAGUGAAGGACAAGCAGGCAGAGGAGCGAUCCACGACUCGGUGAAUGAGACGAUUGAGGAGAUGCUGGACGGAAAGGAUAAGCAGGAAUUGAUUAAGUUGCAAGGCGAAGUGAAGGAGACUAUUGCCAGUGCAUCGAAUGGGGCGACAGGAGUAGAUGUCGACUUCUGGGAGGAAGUGACGCAGCAGAUCCAAGUGUACCAGGCUCGUGCAAGACUCACCGAGUUGCAUGAAGAGAUGUUGACCAAGUUGGCUGAUCUAAUGGAAGAACAUGAGAGACGCACUGCCGAGGAGGCAGCAGCUCGUGCAGCUGAAGACGAGAAGCACGGCGUAGUGGACGAGGACGGACGCGACGCUGGACGUGAGGCACGUGAGAUGGAAAAGGAAUUUGCUCGCAAGGGUCUGGAUGAAGAAGAAGAGAGACUUGGAGCGUCGGAAGAAGUGGUGCUGGCUGACUCGAAGGUGACGCCGCGCUGGAGCGAGAAGUACCAACCGCGUAAGCCUCGCUACUUUAACCGCGUCAAGACAGGCUACGACUGGAACAAGUACAACCAGACGCACUACGACCGUGAUAACCCGCCGCCCAAGUCGGUGCAGGGCUACAAGUUCAAUCUCUUCUAUCCUGACCUCAUUGACAAGCAAACAGCCCCGCGUUUCUUCUUGGAAAAGACCAACUCGGACGAGUUCUGCAUCAUUCGCUUUUCUGCUGGUCCCCCAUACCAGGAUAUUGCGUUCAAGAUCGUCAACCGCGAGUGGGAAUACUCGCACAAGCGCGGCUUCAAAAGCGUGUUCGAGCGCGGUGUCCUUCAUCUCUAUUUCAACUUCAAGCGUCACAGAUACCGUCGGUAGGACAGCAAAGAGAGCAGCAGGAAGUGCUGAGUAGCGAGGUUGUAAUAAAGACAACGCUGAACACUUAAUCAACACAUUGUCGCUUCACUUGCUGGC